CGUUUAUUAGGUUUGAUCCAACAAUCUAAAAUGAUAAUUUAGUAAUGACAUUUCUGUAAUUCUUCUUUUAUAUAUAGGCAGCAGCUAAUACAACUAUUACUAUUUUACUAUCAUUACAUAAUAAGUAGUACUAUUGGUUUACAAAAAUGGCAAUGACAAUGGCAGGAGUUGCUCCCUUGACCAAACAAGAACUAGCAUCAAAGUUAGUUCAGGAGAUAGCUAAAAAAGGAGAUGAAAUACCAGAGGACUUUUUCCGCAAAGAUGGUUUCCCUGAAGCCAUUGAUGCCCCUGAUCUGUGGAGAGGUGAUUUGCUCAUUGAUUUUUCCCUCCUCUCGUCGUACUCUGAAACGGAACUCACAAAGCUCCGAUUGGCUCUCUCCAAAUGGGGUUGCUUUCAGGUCAUAAAUCAUGGGAUAGAAGUCUCAUUCCUUGAAGAUUUGUUUGAAGUUUCCAAACAAUUCUUCGCACUUCCCUUAGAGGAGAAACUGAAUUACUCCGCAGUAGACGACAUCGUUCAAGGGUAUGGCACAGAUUCAGCUUAUUCAGGUUCUCAAACACGAAAUUGGAAUGAUAGGCUUUUUCUUUUUCUCCAUCCAAAGGAAAGACUCAGGCUUGAAUGCUGGCCACAGAAGCCAGAGAAAUUCAGGGAAAUGAUAGAGGAGUAUGCAAAAAACAUAUCGACGGUCAAUAAGGUUCUCUGCAAAGCAAUGUCAAGGUCACUUGGCUUACAAGAAAACUGCCUAGAGUUCGGGAAACAUGGACCAGCAAUAGCAAGGUUCAACCUUUAUCCUCGUUGCCCAUGUCCUGAACGUAUUCUGGGAACAAAAGCACACUCAGACCACAUGAUGAUGACGUAUCUCUUGCCAGAGGUAGAAGGUCUCCAAAUCUUGAAUGAUGGUAAAUGGUACAAGGUCCCUCUCAUCCCAGGAGCACUGUUUAUCAACUUCGGCGAGUUAGGAGAGGCUUUUACUAAUGGAGUAUUUAAGAGUGCAGUGCACAGGGUAAGUGCGAAUUCUGCAAAAGAUAGGAUAUCUGUGGUCAUGUUUUUCAACUCGGACAAUGAUGAAGUUGAACCCCUAAGCGAAUUGAUUAGUGCUGACCAGCCCCAACUCUACAGGAAGUUUAACAUGAAAGAAUAUAGGCCAAAAAUCUAUGAGAGUUUUAGUCUAGGCUUAAGAGCACUUGAUGCAUUCAAAGUUUAGUAUCUACUCUUCAUUAGAGUAUAACUCAUUUCCAAUCUAUUUCAUGGGUGCUUCACUUUUUCAGAAGAGUAGCGUAUUCAGCAGAACUUUUCUUCUGAGUUUGAUAAGAAUUGUUCAUUAGUACUCGAUGAUACUUGGACUUGGGUAUUCAAUAUGUUCCUAUAAUUGAGAGUUGCUUACGUAUGAAAAUUUCCCAUUUUCUUGGUCCAAAUAGAAGUGCCAUAUGUUGUUGUACCAAUGUGGAUAUGUGUGAGUAUCCAGGAAACGACAUGGCACUUGAAGUGAAAUGAAGAGUAUGUGUAACAUAGCUUGUGAUUGUAUGCGUCCUCUCCAAAUACUUCCCAAGCCAAGUGUACUCUCUCCAUCCUGAAAUAGAUGUUUUUAUUAUUUUUCAUUUCUACACUUAAUAAAAGUAUUUGUCUAUAUA